CGGGCGGUGGCGGCGCCCGGCGCGGUGUGCCGGUGGUGGUCCGGGGGUCGGUUGGCCGGCCGUGGGUGGGCCGGUGGGGGCGAUCGCCCUCUCCGGGCAGCCGGCAUGGCGGAAGCGGAGGCGGCCGGCGACGCGGGGCUGGGCCCGGCCGCAGCCCAGGAGGGCGCGGAGCUGGCGGAGCUCGCGGCCGUGAUCGGCGCCACCGUGCCCACGGGGUUCGAGCAGACGGCGGCCGAGGAGGUGCGGGAGAAGCUGGGCUCGGCCUCCAGGAUCAGCAAGGAUCGGGGCAAGAUCUACUUCGAGGUCCCGGCCCGGAGCCUGCCUCAGGUCCAUCGUCUGAGGUCGGUGGAUAAUUUAUUUGUUGUUGUUCAGGAAUUCAAAGACUAUCAAUUUAAGGAAAAUAAGGAAGAUGCUCUAAAGGAUUUGGAAGAUUUGGUUAAAAAGCUACCCUGGACCGAUCCAUUGAAAGUCUGGGAGUUGAACAACAGCUUGAAAAAGAAAAAGACAAAACGCAAAAAACACAAUCUGCAGAGUCCUGCAAGCAGAGGGAAGCUGAGUGAUGGUGGAGAAGAGGGAGGAGCAGACCAAAAUAACACUGAUGACCAGGAGGACUGUGCCCAAAGCCCUGUGGCUGUGGAACCCACUGGCGGCCAGGAUACAGAGAAUCCCCAAGGAGUGACGUCCAGAAAUGGGGUGGAGGAGGAGGAAGAUAGUGAGCAGUCGGAUGUGAAAGUUGAGGUGCAGGCGAGUUCUGAGAGUGGGAGCAAGGCUGGCGAGGGUCAGACAGGUGAAGGAGAGGCCAAGGUGCUGAGGUUCCGAGUGACGUGCAACAGAGCCGGAGACAAGCACAGCUUCACGUCCAACGAGGCCGCCAGAGACUUCGGUGGAGCCGUGCAAGAGCACUUCCAGUGGAAAGCUGACAUGACUAAUUUUGAUGUGGAGGUUCUGUUGAAUAUUCACAACAAUGAAGUGGUGGUGGGGAUUGCGUUAACUGAAGAGAGUCUCCACAGACGGAAUAUCACACACUUUGGACCCACAACCUUGCGUUCCACUCUGGCUUACGGCAUGCUCAGACUCUGUGAUCCCCAGCCCACAGAUAUCAUAGUUGAUCCCAUGUGUGGUACAGGUGCGAUACCAAUAGAGGGAGCUGCAGAAUGGCCCUGCUGCUACCACAUUGCAGGGGAUAACAACCCUCAGGCAGUGAAGAGAGCAGCAAACAACAUCAGCUCCUUACUGAGGAAAAACGAGAGUAAGGACAGCAGCCCUGCCCUGGGCGUUCCCUUGGACGUCAUCCAGUGGGACAUCUGCAGGCUGCCUCUGCGGACGGGCUCCGUGGACAUCGUGGUGACAGACAUGCCCUUCGGGAAGAGGAUAGGGUCGAAGAAGAAGAACUGGGACCUGUACCCAGCCUGCCUGAUGGAGAUGGGCCGGAUCUGCACCCCAGGGACAGGCAGGGCUGUGCUGCUCACCCAGGACAAGAAAUGCUUUGCCAAGGCCCUGUCGCGCGUGGGACACAUCUGGCGCAGAGCUCAGACCGUGUGGGUGAACGUGGGGGGACUCCACGCUGCCGUGUACCUGCUGAGGCGCACCUCGGAGCCGGCACAGGACACCAGGCCCUUCUGGUGAGCUGCCUGGAAGACAAGAGACACCCACAGACUUUGUUGAAUAGGCAGCUGGUAAAGCAGACACCUGAGAGCGUAGGUCUGUCAGUUUCAAAACCAAACAACCUGUGGAGAAAUUGUCACACAAGUGUUAAACCAGGGAUCAACUUGAGAGCUGCCAGUUCUACUGUGUGUUCUGAAACCUUAUUUGAAUCACCUCUGCUCCCUUCUACCCAAACUGAAAUUCAUUAGUGAAUUAGUAAUUCUUUCCUUGGCUUGAAUCUUCUUUUGUAUUUUUCAGUUAAACGUUUAUUUUUUCUGCUUACAGUAGAAAACAUGUUGAGGCAGCUCUGGGUGUAACAGUUAAUUCAUUUACCAAGCUGUAUCUUCAAAUGACUAACAGUACUACUAAGACAGUCACCUUAAAGGGUUCAGAGGUAGUAUCUCCAAUGCAGUUUUCUAAUUUAUGCCAUUGCUCAAAUGUAAACUAAUAAUAAACCAAUAUCUGGCUUUUGUGGUCUGAUAAGCAGAUUCCAGUUGGCAAACAGUAUGCUGUGCUACUGGCUCCCUUGCCCGUUACCUCACCUUAGGGCUAAUUACCAGUAAAUGUCUGAUCUGUAUUUUAGUGUUCCAUUGCCAUGGGUGAGGGGGUAACACACAGCCCUAGAAAAAAUCCAUAGUUACUAUUUGAGGACAGAGGUUCUUUUAGCAGUUAUAUUAAAAAGUUCUUGGUUUUGGUGUCUACCAUGGACGCAUCAAGGUGGCAAUUUGAAUUUCGUUGGUAAUUUAACUACCACAGCUAUGCUGCCACAGUAUUCACAAAAGUAUUGUUGCAAAUAUUUUUUUCUUCUGUGACCAUACCAGGAUUUCUCAGGCCUCUCACUCUGCUCAUCAGAGGCUGAAAAUAAAUUGCCAGUUUGCCAUUUCCAUUACAGUGUGUUCAUGCUAAGAUUGUGUAAUUGUUCAGAGUUGAAUUAACAAGUAUUAAAGUUUUAGAAGUUUUGCAUAAAGA